UGUGCGUUUCUCAGUAGCAACCAACAACGAAAACGAAAUUACAGCAAAUGCUAAGUUAUAUUUUUAAACAAACAAGAUCUUCAAUAUAAGUUACAACAACAGUGCUUAAAUUACGUACAGCGAACAGUAAUCAGAGUUGAAAGCAACAGCUAAUAUUGCGCAAGCAGAAUGAAAGAAGGCGAUGGAAAUGAAAUGAAUUAAAGUAAAGCUUAAUAACCGGCGCGCUUAUUGCGAUAUUUUGCGCAUUUAGAGCCAAUUCUAAGUAAAUUUUUCUCAGCUGUAGUAGCAGUGAAAAUGCAAAAUACAGGCACAUGCGAAAAAAUAAGAAAAAGUAAGCGGCAACAGCAAUAAAAGCAACAAAAACAGUGUACUUUUAGUUGUUUACAAUUGUGGCGGUAAGCCGUCUCUGGAUCACCGAUAAACACAAAAACGUCUACCAAAAGAAUGAGAUACAAGAUCUGCAGAUUUAACUGUGAACCACUGAAGAAAUAAGGCGCAAAAAUUCAUACUUACAAAAACCAAUUGUAAAUAAAAUACACAAUCAUAAAUAAUUUUUCGACUGACUUUGAAUUAACCAAAUACGAGGAGGUAGUAGCAUAAUUAAGAAAAAUGAACGUAAAGAAUUAAAACUUAAAUUUAAAAUAUACAAAUAAUUAAACAUUUUAAUAAAAAUUAUUAAAAUUUAAAAUUAUAGCAUUUACAUAACUAAUUCAAAAAAUAAUUAAUAAAAAUAACUAUAGCUAAAAGUUGGCAUAAAACCAGUUAAGAAUUUAAAGAAUCAAAGAAAUUAAAAAUAUACUUAAACUCACAAUAUUGCAAGUACAUAAACCAUAAGGAAAUUUUGUAAUAAAUAUUUAACGCAGCAUAAAAAAUUAUCUAUAAAAGCAAGCUGCAAUUGAUGAAAAAUCACAACAGCAUCGAUGUCACAAGAAAAUAAAAAAAUAUUAACAACAUUUUCGAACAAUAAAAGUAAAAAUUGAUGAAAACCAUACAAGCCUAAGGCACCCAAAAAAAAAAAAACACAAAAACAAAAAACAAACCGGAGCAUAAAGUAAAUAACAGCUGACAAAAAUUGCAAAUAAAGUAAACUGAAUAUGAAACUCUAUUGAAAUACAAAUUUUUUAGUAAUAAAUUUAAUUAAAAUUUACUGCACGUCUUUAAUGAAAAAUAUUUAAAUAGAAGAAAAAAAAAACAAUUACUAUAUUACAGCACAAAAAAAUUGAUAACUAAAACUUAUAAUUUUUCAGUGUAAUUUUCGUUGCAAAAUAUGUGAAGCUAAAUCGCACAUGUAAACCAAUAAACCAAAUAAAUUGACCAAAGUAAAAGUUUGUGAUAAUAAAAAAAACAAAAGUAAAAUAUUUAUUAAAUUAUUUAAAUUAAAAAGUAAAUCUUCCUUAUAUCGAUAGUUUUGGCAUUGCAUUAAUGGUGUCUAAGAAUAUAACCUACACUUACACUACACUACAACAUCCUUUCACAAACACGAGCACAACAACACCACCAACAAAAACGGCUAAAGAAAAGACACGUACACUACACGUAACACUGGGAGACGAAAAGAUGGCGGUAGCAAAAUCAAUAAAAAUGUACCUGACCAUAUUCGUGGCGACCACCUGCAUCUACAUGGUGCUGUAUCAGUACCAUUUGUCGCGACAGCCGAUACCGCAAUAUAUAAAGAAUAAAGACAUUUCAGCUGAAGCGGAUGCUACUGCUAUCGCGCGAAAAUAUAAUUCAUUUUUAUGGUCACCAAUGUCGUUGUUUAGCGCGCGACAACCACAACAGCAGCAACAACAAGCACAGGAACAACAACGGCAACUGCAAGCAGAAGACGAGCAAGCCCAACAAUCAAUCAGCGAAAAGCAAUCAAAUGCAACUACCUUUACAACUACGCAAAUAGCCUCGAACACAGCAACCGCACCACCGCUAUCAUCACCAUUACAAGUAGCCAUAACACAUAGUUCCAUAUCAAACUCAUCUACAUCAUCUACAUCAGCAUCAUUAGCAUUAUCAAACUCAUCCAUAUCCACAUCUACAUCUACAGCAAUAGCCACAGCAUCGCGUUCCCUCGGCGCUCGCCAGCAAUUGCCUACGCGAAAUAAUGUGGCAGUUGACAAUUUGUUGAACAAGCGCGCUCAACUAGCAGUUAUUUUGAAUAGCACAACAACUACAACAACAGUUCGCACAACCGAGCGAGCAGAGAGAGUUACUGCUAACUCGUCGCAGGCGGUUUUGGCGGAUUCAAGUAUUUCAUCGCGCGCAGUUGCUGGAGCAGUUGUCAAAGACACACCUCCAUUACCCCCGCCACUGUAUAUUAUAACGCCAACCUACAAGCGCGCCGAACAAUUGGCGGAAUUGACAAGACUCGGUUAUACGUUGAAGCAUGUGCCGAAUUUGAUGUGGCUCGUCAUAGAGGAUGCGAAUCAAACGUCGCCGCUGGUGUUGCAAACACUUAAUCGCAUUGGUGUGCCUUUUGAAUACUUUCUAGCGCCCAUGCCGGAGGAGUAUAAACACACGAAAAAGCCCAAGCCGCGUGGUGUUUCGAAUCGCAAUCGAGGCUUGGAUUAUAUACGCGCCAAUGCGACUAGUGGCGUCUUCUACUUUGCGGACGAUGACAACACUUAUGACAUCUCCAUAUUUGAGCAAAUGCGCUACACAAAGAAGGUUUCAAUGUGGCCUGUGGGGCUGGUCACUAAGUACGGCGUGAGUAGUCCCAUCAUACAGGACGGCAAAAUCACUGGUUUCUACGAUGGUUGGAUAGGCGGGCGUAAGUUCCCUGUCGAUAUGGCUGGUUUUGCGGUGAGCGUGAAAUUUUUGCACGAGCGACCCGAAGCAAAAAUGCCUUUCAAACCAGGCUAUGAAGAAGAUGGCUUCCUAAAGAGUUUGGCGCCAUUAAAUUUAACAGAAAUCGAGCUGCUAGCAUCCGAUUGCACAGAGAUCUUAACGUGGCAUACACAAACGAAGAAGAACUUAAAUGCUUCGGCGCUCAAUAUGACAGCGUAUGGCAGCACGAAUUUAGUGAUGCUGGAUAAAUUAUUAGUACGCACGUAACAUGGGUAAAAAAUAAGUAAAAGUGUGUUAGAAAAGUAAAACCGAAAAGAAGUAAGGCGCAACAGUGAAAUGCAAGCAAACAGAGAAGGCGCAAGCAAACUGAAAUUGCCAAAAGAAGCAAAUAAAUAUUUAAAAGGCGUUGCAAUGCUUUAUCAACACUUUACUGCUGCAAGCCCUUAUCAAUUCUGCAUAUGUGUAUGUGCGUAAACCAUCUUUAUUUUCUAUGUCUGUAGUUUGUAAGCGUAAUUUUCGACUGUGGCAUGAUUCAAAGCAUAAGUAAAUUUGAUUUCCAAAAGUGUGAUUAAAUAAAGAGUGAGCACAAAAAGCAAAAAAUUGUAUGUAAAUAUAUUAGUUAGGCAUUUCGAAGUUGUACAACUAAUUUCUAAAUUUAAUUACUAUAAUAAACUAUUUGUAUGAUGCAUUCUUAUAUUUAAGUAAAACUACCAAAGCGUAUCUGUAUUUAGUCAUGAUUGUAAAUAAGUUGGCGUUGAAGGAGCAGAACCUCCAAUAUUUGUAUGACAGGGACAAUUAGAGUUAAUGAACAUUUUGUAAAAUGCGCGACUUUAACUUUAAUUAAAGUGAUAAUUUCGUAAUUUUGUAGCCUCAUAUCAUUAAGUGCGUAUGUAUGUACAAGUACACUAGUUUUUAAGUUAUUAUAAUUUGCGCUUUGAUUUAGGAACAAUAGGUCACACAUAUAAGUAUACUAUCAUUUAUAAGUAAUAAAAAAAUGAACGCAAUGAAAUAUUGAAAA